GUCUGGACUUUAGUCGACUAAAAACCUAGGUGGUGGGCAAAGUAAUCUCGGAACAACUGCCACGAAAGCAGGACGUGGGAGAGAGGGUCAUGGAUAGCUUGAUUUGCAUCAAAGUUGUUUACGAUUUGCAUCAGUUUAAGAUUCACCACUCUUGGAGCAGAAGCGCUCGCACCUGCCCGAUUGAGCGAUUGUUGCUCGCAAAGGCCUCACAGACUGAGCUGUAUGAGUUACUGAAAACACCAAAAUUCAAAACUCAAAUUAAAUUCUGUUUCGCGCUUUUGCAGAACUCCCACUCUGAACCUCUCUCUGAAUAACCAUGGAUUAUCAUAGCCUAACAAGAAAGGAACUACAAUUUCUGUGUAAGAAGAAUAAAAUUCGAGCCAACAUGACGAAUUUCGCAAUGGCUGAUACCCUUUCUUCUCUCCCCAAGGUUCAUGGACUUGAAGGCAAUGGAAACUUCACACCAGAGACUCCACUACUCACCAGCACCAGCAGGAAGAGUAGAGCAACUGCAAUAAAGCCUCUAUCUGAUUUGGCGUAUAACAACGAACCAAUGUCUUCUAAUGGUGAUCUCUCUAGACGUACUUUUUCACCCUUAACAAACUUGUAUCGCUCAGAUAUCAUACCCAAAGAGGUCCAUGUUGUUGAUCAUCCACACGGUACAAGGCUAGCGAAAAGAUUGAAGCUGUCUGCUCAGAAGGUAGGAGGAAGAAAUGAUGCUAUUAACAUUGAAAUGUUACCUGGAGAAGAGAAGAAUGAGGAGAUGGGAACGAAGUAUGAAGUAAAUGAUGAUGUCUUACCGUACAACGAGGGAAAUAGGGUCAAGGUUUCUAAUCAAGAACAAGAUGAAGUUGGUACUGGAGAUGUAUCUUAUAUGGUCUGUGCUGAAUCUUUGAAGUUGGAAGUUCAUUUAAAUGGUAAUAAGGAUGCUAUUAUCGAAGAAACCUCUACCACAUCGAUCAUGGGGGGGGUCUCCAGGGAUAAAAUUGGUUGUUCUCUAAAUGGAUGCAGUUCUGACGUCUCUAUUGCUCCUAUGGUAUCUGCUAAAAAAUCCUUGAACAUAGCUCGUACUCUUGUUGGAUGCACAUCUGACAUCUCUUCUGCUCCAAUGGUAUCUAAAUCCGUGAAAGUUGUAUGUGAUCUUAAUGAAACUUAUUUAAUGGGUGAGGAAACCACAAACAUCAAAGAUCCAAAUGAAGACAUGGAAAGUAAAGAUGAAGCCGUACAAGUCAAUGAACUUUCUCGAACAGUGGAGAAAGCUGAAAUUUUGGAAUCUUCAAAUCUUGAUGAUGAGAAGAGCAAGCUCAUGUGUGAUAUUGAGCUCUGUAAUGUCAAGGUAACUGAAGUUGAAGCAGAGAGCAGUUCUAAUGGUAAUGAUGACAUUUCAGAUGCUGCUGAGAAGUUAUCCUUCUCUCCGUCAGUCACUGGUUUAACUGCCAACCAGAUUCCAGUGUAUGUUGCAACUCCUACCAGAACAACUACAUCGGAUGAUAAGGUUCAAGGGACAACCUCCUUAAUCUCAUAUACCAAAUCGAUCAUGGGUGGUGUCUCCAGGGAUAAAAUUCGUUGUUCUCUUAAUGGAUGCAUUUCUGAAGUCUCUUAUGCUUCUAGAGUAUCUGCUAAAAAAUCCUUGAGCAUAGCUCGUACUCUUGUUGGAUGCACAUCUGACAUCUCUUCUGCUUCAAUGGUAUCUAAAUCGGUGAAAGAUGUUUGUGAUCUUAAUGAAACUUAUUUAAUGGGUGAGGAAACUAUAAACAUUAAAGAUUCAAAUGAAGAUCAAGACAGGGAAAGUAAAUAUCAACCCAUACAAGUCAAUGAACCUUCUCCAACAGUUGAGAAAGCUGAAAUUUUGGAAGCUUCAAAUAUUUUUGAUGAGAAGAGCAACCUCAUGUGUGAUAUUGAGCUCUGCAAUGUCAAGGUUACUGAAUUUGAAGCGGAGAAUAGUGCUAAUGGUAAUGAUGACAUUUCAGAUGCUGUUGAGAAGGUAUCCUUCUCUCCAUCAGUCACUAGUUUAACUGCGAACCAGAUUCCAGUGUAUGUCACAACUCCUACCAGAACAACUACAUCGGAUGAUAAGGUUGAAGGAACAACCCCCUUAAUCUCAUAUGCGAAAAAGAAAGCAGUUACACUUCCUAUCAUAUCUGCCGGGAAAUCCAUGAACAUUGCUCGUGCUUUUGUUGGAUGUACUUCUGACUUGUCCUCUGCUUCUAUGGUAUCUCCUGAGGAAUCCGUGAAUAAUUCGCUAGUUCGUUAUAGAUCUUCUCUGGUGGGGGAGGAAACUGAAAACAUUAAGGAUCCAAAUGACCAAAACAUGGAAAUUAUAGAUCAACCCAUAGAAAUCAAUGAAGUCGUUGGAUUUAAAAGCGCACAUAAUUUAGAAGUGAAGUUCAAUGAUGAGGAUGAGCUUAGUAAUCUCGAAGGCACCGAAGUUGAAACAAAAUAUGUUGAUGAAUCUUUUCAAAUGGUGAAGAAAGCUGAAGAUUUGGAAGACUCAAAUGUUGAUGAUGGAAAAAUUAAGCUCACAUGUGAGGUUGGGUUCUGUGAUGUCAAGGUCACUGAAGUUGAAGAGGAUAGUAAGGAGGACUGUUCUAAUGUUAAGAAUAACAUUUCAGAUGUUCUUGAGAAGUUCUCCCUCUCUCCUCCAUCAGUCGCUGGUCCAAUUGUGAACCGGAUUCCAGUGCAUGCCGCAAGUCCUACUAGAGCAACUGUAUCCGAGAAUCAUGUUCAGGAAACAACUCCCUUAAUCUCAUAUAUUACGAAGAAAGCAGUUACAACUCCAAAAGGUUCCAUCGAGGUUUUGGAUGACAAGAGGGGGAUUAAUGAAAGAGGCAAAUGCAGUGCAAGUACUUCUAAGGUGGUAACUAAGUUAGUAGCUGAACAAAAGCAUAGCAAAUGUGAAAACAGUUCUCAAGGAAAACUGAAACCCACAAGUAUAAGACAGUUGAAAAAGAUGAUUGAACUUACUCACUCAGAAAAUAAAAACACCAUUGUCGAGCGAAACAAGGAAAUAAGACCUGAAGAGCACGAGAACAAAGGUGAAAACAAUGAAAGAGACAAAUGCAGUGCAAGUACUUCUAAGGUGGUAACUAAGUUAGUAGCUGAACAAAAUCAUAGCAAAUGUGAAAACAGUUAUCAAGGAAAACUGAAACCCACAAGUAUAAGACAGUUGAAAAAGAUGAUUAAACUUACUCGCUCGGAAAUUAAAACCACCAUUGUCGAGCGAAACAAGGAAAUAAGACCUGAAGAGCACGAGAACAAAGGUGAAAACACCCUACGGAGGAAACUGAAAGCUACAAGUUUAAGACAGUUGAAAAAGACAAUUAAACAACUUAUUCAGUCGGACAAUGAAAACAUCAAUGUCAAAUUAAACAAGAACGUUGUACCUGAAGACAACGAGAACAAAGAUCAAAACUCUGCCGAAAGGGAACUGAAAGCUACAAGUGCAAGACAGUUGAAAAAGAUGAUUAAACAACGUAGUCAAACAACAAAAACACCAUUGCCAAGUCUAAUCUUGGCAGAAUAACUUGCAAGGGCCAGUGUUUUAGAAGUUACUAGAAGGCUGCGUGUGAGGUUUGUUGGUGCCGAAGGUGUAGUCUUCUCCAAACAAUGCUUUCCCUUCUCCGGAAACUUUGUAAAUGAUACAUCUAUACAAACACAUAUUUAAAAUAUCACAUGACUUUUAAAGCUGUAUAAUGCUUUAUAACUCAUGACAAAAAUAUAGGGUUCUUCGUAAGCUUUGCUUUAGAAGUUUUGGUGUUUUUUGAUUUAUUGUGUUGAAAUUGUGCCACGAUCGCGCCAUCUAUAGGUAUAAGCAUCACUGUGCACAGGCAAAAGUCGCUAGUGCAGUCGUGAGAAACUACAUGAUAUCUACUGCACAACACAAAUCUCUAACCCAGAAUGCCAACCAGGAAGGAUGAAGGAUGAAGGAUGAUUCUGAAGAACUCUUUUUAUGGUGAAUAAGUGCAGUUGUUUUCCUUCUGUUAUUUUGCUGGGUACCCCUUAUUUUAUCAUCAGCACUUGUGUUAUGACAGUUUUUGAUGUGUUCCAGAAUUUUCCUGUUGUGUUGGUUCAGUAACUUCAGUUAUAUAACUUUUUUUUGUUUGAAAUACUGGAGUCGCCACAUCUGACAGUGGAACCGAUUAAUAUUCAUUAACUGGGUCAGUUAAUGCUUUUUUGGCUUGUGAU